GUUUAUACGCGUGGUUUGGUUUUCAUUAAAACAAAGGAAGAACGCAGCCUGUAGGGCAAAUCUUAAUUCUAAAUUUUACGAGUAAAAAACGUUUUUAUUUAUACAUUGGUAAAAAGUGGUUUAUUGAAAAUGAGUGGGGAAGAAUAUGUCAAACAUUUAUUUGCAUCAUGGUCUUCACCAGAUCCACGUGAGUCUUAUGUAGAAGCAGGCCAAGAGGGUACUUAUUAUUACCCAAACAUGUGCCACGUAUGCCAUUUUUUUGGAGAAAACACAAGUCUGAAAAGAUGCGGUGGAUGCCAGUCGAUUUCAUAUUGCGGCCCAGAACACCAGAAAAAAGAUUGGCCUCAACACCGUGAUUUUUGUAAAGCUGUCUCUGAAGUAAAGAAGGAUUUGAAACAGGACAGCAUUUUUACUUUAUUGAAGGCCAGUAACAACGCCAAUAAAUCUACUUCCACGAUAGUGUUGGAGGCCCGAGCUCGAGUGGAGUUUAAGGCACGCUUAAUGGGGAUGAUUGCUCAAGUACUGAAGAGGCAAUUCAAACCACACGAAAUACAAAUGAUCAACCACCCGAGAGUGUGCGCUGUUUGUUUUGAAAGCAAGCCUGAACUGCUUACGAAAUGUAAAAAGUGUCCACAAGCUAGUUUCUGUAAAGAACACUUGAAUGAUUCCAACCAUAAGGAGGUUUGUCUUAAGUUAUUAGCUGCCUUUGCCAUUGAAGAUGAGGGGAAGCAGAUGCAAGAAAUGACAGCGGACAUCAAAGAAGUGAAGAUUGCCCAUCAAAUGAAGCUAGUAAACUUACCCAACACCAUUAAAAAAUUUAUAGACACUUACGUCCACAAAUUUGAAAUGAAAGACGAGAAAACAGGAGAGCCAUCGUCAAUCAAAAUUGCUUUAACUGCAGAAAGAUUUUCAAGAUCUCUUUCGUUGCUUUUUGCCAUGGAGAAGUUGAGUUACAUGCCUGGUUCCAAGAUUUUGGUUCACGUAAUCGGAGCAACUAUCGAAGAAAUAGUCAUUUCUGACUGGGAAAUUAUAUUGCAUUGGUUUCCAAAAUUGUCCGAACUGAAACUUGUUCUAAUCGGAUCAAAUAUUCUACCCGGUCUGGAAAACAUGUUUAGCAUUUGCAAGCUUUGCAGGAAAUACAAGAAGAGCCUGGUUGUUGAAGUCGAAACAGUACUUUACGAAGAAUAUUCCAAGACGUCAAACUUUGAGAAGCCAGACAUAAUUGCUGCUUUUAACGCUGGCAUUUAUGCUUAUCCGUCUUGGAAUAAAACUAUGAAAGUUGUCGCAAGUCUUAAAUGUCCACUUUUGAUAACGUCCUACAAUACAAUUGAAGCUUACAGAGAGCAGGACAAGAUUUCUUCGAUGUUUGGCACUGCCAAGUGCAUCUAUUUCCAACCAAAUCCGUUUGCUAGCAUAAUGUACUUUAGAAAUCCUAUUGACGAAGGCACAUUCUCGAAAAAUGAUUUCAUGCUCGUGUACAAGUAUCUGAACUCCAACGCCUGAAAUGUACGAGCUCACG